GAUAGCUAAGUACAGUGGCUUUCAUACUCGAUCAUCCCGCGUUUUCAGUUCGCAUUGUUAUUCAGUUAUUGCUUUUAAAAUUACAAACAAAACAAUAGCUAUAAAUAAAGAUGAGUUGCUUUUUCAAUUCGCUUUCGGAUGGCUGUGUGACUUUCGAAAAGUGUGGCGAUGUGAUCGUUUCACCGCAAGACAAUAUGAUUGGGAUGUUUUGUCGUUUUUGUUCUGACAUUUACACAAAUCUGUCGGAGUUUCUGCAUCAUUUGCAGUGGAUGCACAGCGAUGUGCUUAGAUUUACCAAAGCACAUAAUGUCUAUAGCAUGGAAGAACUAAUGUCUUCCACCGACACACAGAACGAUGUUCAUUUGCAAGCAAAUAGCAGCAGCAGCAGCAGUAGCGAUUCCGGAAUGCCAGCUGAUGCGGCAGAUGCAACAGACGCAUCAACUGGAUGCUUGAGUAGCGUCAUUAGCUGCACAAUGGAAAGCGAUGCAAUAGCGAGCAUCGUAAUGAAUAAAAAUAUAUUGAAAGCCUUGGCCACCUAUGAAGUGGACUACCAAGAAACGAAAGCCAGCAAGAAAACAAAUUCACCCAAAAAUGUUUUGCAGUGGCAAGCGGAAGUGGAUAAUUGCCUGCCGGUAGCUGAUCAAGCAAAAGACGUCAUAGCGGAAGUGGAGGCCAUGUUGUUAAACUCUGAGCCACGAGCUGAGGAAUCAUCAGCUCCCAAAAAACCAAAGCUUCAGUCUGAAGAUUGCUCCGAUCAUAAAUUGCAAUUGAAACAAAAUCCAGAUUUUGAGCUCUCCAAACCUAGUUCAGUAGACCUAACCGAAAAGCCCAUCCAAUCCAUUGAGGAGCACAAAUCAAAGCGUGGAAGACCACAAACGGAAACUAAAAACAAAACACAGAAACCUGAAAAACCAAAGUUGGCUUGCGAUUAUAAAAGUUAUGCUAUUUCGCGCUCUGUGCGCAAGCGAGAGCAGCAACAGCGUUUGCAAAUUAUUAAGAAACGCAUAUUUAGCUCGUUAAAAAGCGAUUUCCGUAGGACAAACCGGGUGCCAUUUAAGCCAACUAAAGAAUUCAAUAUCAUUGAAGAUCACUUGCUAGUAAAAGCUAAAAAUAUAGCAAAGCAAAAGGAAUCUUUAAUUAGAGACCAACUUGCCCAAAUCGACCGAAAGAAGCAGAUAUCGUCCACAAAAUUAAAUCUUCAACUUGAAGCUAAGACAACCCUUCCAGUCCGCCAUGCAAAACUUAAAUCUGAGUCGGAAAACUGUUCGAAUCCCAAUGAAAACCAUCUUGAGACGCUUACGAAGAAUCAUGCCAAAGAGACACAAUCAUCGACAAUUGAAGCUAAUAGACAGAAGACAAUGCCAGCUCGGCCAGCAAAAACCGUCGAGCAUAGUAAGGUAGAUACAACCGAGAACGAGAAGAAAGAUUCUGCAAAUGUUGUAUUUGAGACACUGUGUAAGAAAGCGGAACAAAAUACAUCUAACAGAGUCUCACUGAAUUUCGAUUUAUCCGAAAGCGCCGUAGAGUUUCUCCAAAGCGAACUACAAACUUCAUUGGUGAAUGCGGAUAGCUUGCUGGAAUUGGCUGUUCCUAACAAUGCGCAAUGCAACAGCAAUGCCUCUGACACUUUACCUAAUGCAAUACCAAGCGAACAGCAACAGGUACAGAAGCUAUUGAGCACACAGACGGAGCAGGAAAAAGCAGAAAUUAAAAUCAAUUCAGUAGACAAAGAUCUACGCAACGAUAUGACCCUCCUUAAAGCAGUUGGGCUAUCCAUCAUAAAGAAUGCAGAUUUUGAGGAAGUAAAACCGAUUGAAUUCGUCGAUUUAAUACGAGGAAAAGCAGCUAAAUUUGCUAAUAUGCUGCGGCAAUAUACUACUGUUUGGAAUCGCAAGAGAUUUAAUACACAACUUACACAGAAGGUCCUCAAGGAACUGCUUCUUCUCACAGAGGAGACGAAUGCGGAAUUUCAAUUCAACUUGGAUGUCAGCGAAGUGAAGCGCAUUUUAAAUUUAAUCAACACCUGGCAUGCACAACAAAUCGAUCUUAAGUUCUUCAAAAAGGUCACGCUGUCUAGUGCAGUUGAAUUUUAUCUACAGCUGUUCGCCUUUCUGCCCAAGAUAAAUAGUCGGGUGUAUUAUUGCGAGUGGUGCGACGAAAGCAACAGCAACAAAUCGCGCUAUGAGAAACAUCGUAUAACCCAUCUGUCCCGCUACGCCUGUCCACAGUGCAAGCGAGGUUUUAAGAAACAAGGCUAUCUGUUCAAUCAUUUGCGCACUAUGCACGGCCUGAAUCAUUAGAGUUGUGCCAUAAACCAAAUUUAUUAAGUUUUCAACUAGUUACUAGUUAAAUCUUGGUAUAUUAUAUUUUGUUUAACAUGCUUUGUACUUAGACGAAUCAUUAUUUAAUUUUGUUUGAAGUGUCAUAAAUAUGGAAAGUAUGUGCCAUAAGUUUUAUAGUAUUUAUGCUAAGCUAAAUGGAAAUUCAUUAUAAGAAUUCAGAAACUAGAUCAGAGAUCAUUUGUUAAGCAAAAUUUUUGCUAGUAUUCUUUAGACGUCAGAGCUAAAGAAUAUUGUAAUUUCUUUAUCCUUAUCAAGGAUUCUAUAUAUAUUUUACAUGUUAACCUUGACUCGGAGUAAUGCAGUUAUCAUGGAAGGAAUAACUUGUAUCUUUACGAUUAAUGCAAAGUUCGAGCUUAUUUAACUUUUUGAAUAAGGAUCUUAAAACAUUGUCUAACAUACUCUUUAGUUACUAUGAAAAAGUGUUACAUUUAUGUCGAGAAACCAUUAUAUUAUCAUAUAAAUAUAUAUAUUUGAGUAUUGGACGAUACUUAAAUUCAGAAAGGUUUUUGUUUUGACUUUUCAGUCAUAAAUUGUCAAACUCACAUUGGGAAAUAACAAUAUUACAAGAAAGAUUGAUUAAACUUAAUUUACAUGAUAAGCAUUUUGAUGAAUACUUUAUUUGAAUAAUAUCAAAACAUACUGCAAUGUA